GGCGGCCGGGGCUUGAUUAGGUAGGAGGCGGCGGAGCGCCGGCGGCGGCCGGAAGUAGCCGAAGCGAGCGGCGGAAGUAGCCGAAGCGGCCGGAGCGGGCGGGCGGCAAGGCGAGGCCAGAGCUGCACAGGGCCCUUACGCGGCCGCCUCAGCAUGUCGGACUUCGACGAGUUCGAGCGGCAGCUCAACGAGAAUAAGCAAGAGCGAGACAAGGAGAACCGGCACCGGAAGCGCAGCCACAGCCGCUCUCGAAGCCGGGACCGCAAGCGCCGGAGCCGGAGUCGGGACCGGCGCAACCGGGACCAGCGGAGCGCCUCCCGGGACAGGCGACGACGAAGCAAACCUUUGACCAGAGGCGCUAAAGAGGAGCACGGUGGAUUGAUUCGUUCCCCCCGCCACGAGAAGAAGAAGAAGGUCCGUAAAUACUGGGACGUACCACCACCUGGCUUUGAGCACAUCACCCCCAUGCAGUACAAGGCCAUGCAAGCUGCGGGUCAGAUUCCAGCCACCGCCCUUCUCCCCACCAUGACCCCUGACGGCCUGGCUGUGACCCCGACGCCGGUGCCCGUGGUCGGGAGCCAGAUGACCAGACAGGCCCGGCGCCUCUACGUGGGCAACAUCCCCUUUGGCAUCACUGAGGAGGCCAUGAUGGACUUCUUCAACGCCCAGAUGCGCCUUGGGGGACUGACCCAGGCCCCUGGCAACCCCGUCUUGGCUGUGCAGAUUAACCAAGACAAGAACUUUGCCUUCUUGGAGUUCCGCUCAGUGGAUGAGACCACCCAGGCCAUGGCCUUUGAUGGCAUCAUCUUCCAGGGCCAGUCGCUGAAGAUUCGCAGGCCUCAUGACUACCAGCCACUGCCUGGCAUGUCAGAGAAUCCCUCUGUCUAUGUGCCUGGAGUUGUGUCCACCGUAGUCCCGGACUCUGCCCACAAGCUGUUCAUCGGGGGCUUACCCAAUUACCUGAAUGAUGACCAGGUAAAAGAGCUGCUGACAUCGUUCGGGCCUCUCAAGGCCUUCAACCUGGUCAAGGACAGUGCCACAGGGCUCUCCAAGGGCUACGCCUUCUGUGAGUACGUGGACAUCAACGUUACAGAUCAGGCCAUCGCAGGGCUGAAUGGGAUGCAGUUGGGGGAUAAGAAACUGCUCGUCCAGAGGGCAAGUGUGGGAGCCAAGAAUGCCACGCUGGUGAGCCCCCCGAGCACCAUCAACCAGACCCCCGUGACCCUGCAAGUGCCGGGCCUCAUGAGCUCCCAGGUGCAGAUGGGUGGCCACCCGACUGAGGUCCUGUGCCUCAUGAACAUGGUGCUGCCCGAGGAGCUCCUGGACGAUGAGGAGUAUGAGGAGAUUGUGGAGGAUGUGCGGGAUGAGUGCAGCAAGUAUGGGCUUGUCAAGUCCAUCGAGAUCCCCCGGCCUGUGGACGGCGUUGAGGUGCCCGGCUGCGGAAAGAUCUUCGUGGAGUUCACCUCUGUGUUUGACUGCCAGAAAGCCAUGCAGGGCCUGACGGGUCGCAAGUUCGCCAACAGAGUGGUUGUCACAAAAUACUGUGACCCCGACUCCUACCACCGCCGGGACUUCUGGUAGAGGUGGAGGGGGAGGGUGGGGGCAGGGCGGGCUGGGGGCUUACCCCCCUCCCGCCCCCCCUCUUUUCCCCCUCUGAAGAAGAUGGGCAGAGGAGUGACAGCCGAAUGACAGCCGGCAGCAACUGGAAUGGCAGCAAUUGGGGUGGGGUGGGGGUUGGGGUGGGGAGGGCAAUGGGGAAGUGCGCGCACAGGCCCACACAGACACAUGCACCCACAGACACAGAGGGAAGGGGUCGGGGUGGGGAGGGGGUGCACAGCAGGGCGGGGUAGGACCCCAUAGCCCCUCCCCAGGACAGCCUCGCCUCUCCUCCCUUACACCCUCCCCCUCCCUUUCCCCACCGUAGAAACAUAGUGUGUUUAUAUUUUAUGGCCAAACUAUUUUGAAUUUUGUUGUCCGCCCCGGUGCCCUGCCUUCUCCCUUUCCAGGACCGCAGCUCCCGUCCUCCUGGCCUCCGGUCCUCCCCCCGGUGCCCUCCCCGGUUUCUUACGUAGUUGACUCUCCUCUCUUUAGUCUCCCUGACCUGCGCCCCAGCCCCGCGGCCCCGUCCCUCUCCUCUCUGUGGCAGUUUCAUAUUUGCUAAGACGAAUUUGCUCAUUAAACAUUUUGUUGUAUUUUACUUUA